GAGGAGUUUCAGCUGAGCUUUGAUGUAACUGCAAAGUAAUAAAUGGACGAAGGAUGGGACGAGGAGCAUGAAGAGGAACCAGCCAAAGAUAUAUCCUCACUGAAGGCUGCUUUAUAAAGAUAAUCCAGUCCGAACAAUACAAACUACACAGUGUGGAUAUGCCUUCAGCAUCAGCAGCACAGAGAAUAUCCCCGAAUCCAGACAGAGGUUUGGGUUUAAGUUUUCUGCUGGGAAGUGACUAUGAAAGGAAGAAGAAGAAACUUCAGCUGGAGCUUCAGCUCGACUACAAACAUUAUGCUGCCAAGAAAAAGGAUCUUAAAACUGAACCUCGUCCACAACCCCAGGGUCUCUCCCUCCCUAUCGAUGAGAAGAUAUCGGUUCAGGAAAGACUAAGAGAGGAGAGGAGAAAAGAAUACAACCUCUUCCUCCAGGAAAAAGCUCAAAUGGGAAGGUGGAAGAGGGGAACCCCCCCCGUCACUUCAACGCCUGGACAGGUUCAAGCUUCAGAUGUUCUUCACAACAUUUCUUCUCCAGCUUCUCCUCCGCCCGUCCUCCACACCUGCACAAACACACAGCCUCCUCCCAGAGAGCGCCCUGCGUCCAGGAGGGACGCAGCCACGCUGACUGACGCCGUGGAUAAUGGAAACAGCUCACGGACUCGGGGGCCAGGGACUCGGGGACGAAGGCGUUGGCAACUCCAAAGACAGAAGGAGCCCUUGUAUAUCUACAGCUCUGAGGAGGAGCCAAUCACAGACCUCGAGGACGAGCUGGAGUUCAGACACAGGAGGCGACGAGACCGACACACUCCUGAGUACAAGGAGGAGAGGAGGACCAGAAAACGCAGAGCGAACAGAGCUCCUCCGGACCAAAGGGAGGCGGAGGCCCCAGAUGUUCAACAUCACAACAAUGAGUGGAAGUCCGAUCUGCAAAUGUCAGAGAGCUCGAAGACGACUGCAGCAUCUAGAGCUGCUACCAGCAAGGAUCCAGCACAGUGUGCUACUGGACUCAUGAUCGGAACAGCAGACGAGCAGACGGCCUCUCAGGCGAGGAAAGAACAGUACAAGACAGAGCUGCUGAAACAAAUAGCUGAACAGCAGAGAAACAAGAUCAGGGAGAAGAAACUUGGGGUCGCUGCCACUGGAGCCGCAGACCCUGAGAGACAGUUCAGGGCUGGAAAUCGGCCAUUUGACGGCUGGAGACGAGAUGUCCUCCACAAGCCCGGAGUCGAUCUGCAGGCUGUGGGGAAAGAGCCAAACCCAAAGUCAAGAGAUGACAAACACACAGAGGACGCAGAGCAGAGAGGAAGGUCUCAUGUGGGCUACAGAGCAGCUCUCAGUCAGCUGACCGGGUCCAGAACGAGACGAGAUGUCCCCUCGCUGGACUACUUUAAUGAGGACUACCACAGGGACUUCUCAAACGUUCUAGGCGAGGUGGCCAACCUGAGGGUCCCUGGUGUUCCUGCUCCUGCUCCUCCCACUGGGACUCCACAGGAUGCAGCUUAUUACAACUACAGAACCAGGACUCCUUCCAAUCUGAAUGAUCUGCCUGGAGGGGUGCAGCUGUCCGGGAACUUCUACAGUCCUCCUCAAAGACCACCUCCUCCAAGACCCAGCCGCCGCACUGAAGCGACUGAUCAUCGCCCUCCUCUGGAUGUUGGAGAGCUUCCUGCAGACAAGCUGAUGAGAGAGCGAGCACUGAGCUACCAAGAAGCUCUCCGACAGCAGAUCACAGAAAGACAGGAGCAUAAAAGAAAAGAGAAAGAAGAGAAGGAGCGAUACGAUGCCAAGAUGGAGGCCGAGAUGAUGGCGUUCAACCCCUGGGGGAGAAGUGGAGGAGGCGCUCCAAUUAAAGACCAAAAAGGGAACCUUGUUAGUGACCUGAACCAAAUGUACAGGACCAACAAGGAGUCUUAUAGGAACCCUGCGUCUGGGAAUAAUGGACAGACACAAAGCUUUUUAAUGAGGGAUGGAGACACUCCUGCUCCCCUGUCCCAUCGGAUAACAGGCUUCAAUACUCAGCCAACUCCACAGCAGCUCCACAUGCAGGACAAAUACAAAGAAGACCUGAAGCAGCAGAUGGAGGAAAACAAGCAGAAGCAGACGAAGGCGGCCGAGAAAACGAGGAUAGAGGAGGAGAAAGAAGAGAGGAGGCUGGCGGACCAAAGGGCUUGCAUACUGCGGGAAUAUGAGGAGGAGCAGAGCAAGCAAAAGAAGAUUCAGCAAAGGCUGAAAAACAAAGACCGAGUCCUUGAAGUGAACACUGAACACAAGGAGGAGAAGAAGAGACGGGAACAAGAUGUGGAGGAGAAAGUGCCCGAGAGGGACGGAGAGGAGACAAAGACACAGAUGACCUAUGAGAGAGCGCCAUCCCCUCCCGUCCCGACCUUACAGAGGAAGCAGACAAAUGUGGAGGCAUCCAGACCUCCGUCUGUGGAGAGCCAGCUCUCCGCCAGGACCGAGCUCUCUGUGUCAGCACCACACUCCAGACUAGUACCUGCUGAAAUACCUCAACUACAAGAUAGUCAGCAGGAAGUGAUGAGAGGGCUGUCAGCCCUCCGGAGGUAUCUGAGGAACGAGCAGAAACAACUGGAGGCUCAGCUGGGAAAGAUAGAUCGACAGGAGCCUCACUACACUCCCCCCAACAGACCCAGAGGACGACCCAGAGUGGACGCCUUUGAAUCAACGCACAAGCAGCCGUCAACCAGGAGUUCCUCCUCUGCUGCUGCACGUGUUAAUAUGCAACACAUGAGCGAGUUCAACCAUCUUAAAUGCAGAGAUUCAGCAUCUCGUGAGGAGGUGCGGCUAUUGUACCCGGACCCUCCCACUGACACACACAGUCUGGACAUCCAACAGCAGGUUCUUCUUCGUCAACAACAACGCACACUCAGGCUCAUGAAGCGAGAGGAAGAGCCCGACAUUUUGCAGCAGCAGCCGAGCCACUCUCGUUCUAGGAACAAACCUGGACGCUUCCUCCACAGAGACAACAUACUGCCAUCUGAGACAGAUUUCAUUGGUAAGACUGAUCCUCUGUUCUUCUACUUCCUGCAUGAAGAAAGUGUUUACAUCAGUGGGGAACAGUAUGCUCAGGACAUUUUCCAUAAAGGUGACAUGCCUUGGGAGUUCUCAAGUCUCGUCACUUUUCUGAUUUUACAACAUGAAACACAUGAGAAUCUCUUCCUUCUGCUCGUGUCCACGGAUCAGAGGAGCCGUGACCUCCGGACAGAUGUUCAGUCUCUGCAGUCGGAGACCAGUCUGAACCUGGACUCUGAAGUCAGAGCCCACACACAGCACUUUGGGGACGACACAGGCAGGGCAGAUUGGCCGUCUGCUGACGAGGCGGACGUGUCGUCUCCGCGCUCGGCCCUGGACAGGCGUGUCUCCAUGGACACGGUUGCCACAGAGGCCUGGCUGCGGCCCGGCACGGCGGACAGUGUGUCACGCUCCAGCUGUAGGGAGAGGACGGAGGCUCCUCCCCGGCUGACUCACCGCUGAAUCACUUUGCUGGCCUACAUGGUGAAUGUGGGAGUCCGUGUUUACACAAGACUCUUUACCCGGCAACAGAUGUAGUCCAUAAACCUCUGUUUGUUUGUUAGAAAUAUACACUGGAGAGUUAUUUUCUAAUAAAAUGGAAUUUAAUGUAGUCCUGGCUGAACGUCAGUUAGAAGUGAUUCAACUUUUCAAAU